AUGGCGGGACCGCAUUCGCGGGCCAGUAGCUCCCCGUUCGCGACACACCAGCGCUCCUUCCUUCUCCACUCAACCACGCAGACUCGCCUCGCGAUCAUCGCCGCGCUGCUAGUCGUCUCCUUCUUUCUCGUCCUCCCUCAAUCCACUCGCGAGCUUCUUUUUCACACCGGCACCUCACCAGAAUCCCUCUCCCCUUCCGCGUUUCCGGGUCGCGAGGCUCCAAAUGCCACGCCAGCCAUGAAUUUCCACGAGGACGCUGACGUGGAGCACGUCACCCGGUCGCCUCUGGUCCCGCUGACGGUGCUUGCUGACCUGGAUGAUGACGGGGCAGUGUGCUUAGAUGGCUCGCCGCCGGCCAUCCAUCUCUCCCCCGGAUGGGGUCGCGGUGCGAACAACUGGCUGAUAUAUCUCGAGGGCGGGGGGUGGUGUAACAGCGAGGAGGAGUGUGCGCAUCGCGCCGCCACCCAUCUGGGCUCGUCCAAGCGCAUGGGGGGACUCAUGGCCUUCGGAGGCAUUCUCUCUCAUGACCCCACAGUCAACCCUGGUGCGUUGAAGGUCAAUCCUGGUGCGUUGAAAGUCAACCCUGGUGCGUUGAAAGUCAACCCUGGUGCGUUGAAAGUCAACCCUGGUGCGUUGAAAGUCAACCCUGGUGCGUUGAAAGUCAACCCUGGCUUCUACAAUUGGAACCUGGUCUUCGUUCGUUAUUGUGACGGUGCCUCAUACCUGGGUGACACAAACGAGCCAGUUCAGACAAACAAUGGUCUCGUCUUUUUCCGGGGGAGGCGCAUCUUCGACGCCGUAACCCGGUACCUCGUGUCCCACCACGGCAUGGGGGCGGCAUCCCUUGUUUUAUUAUCCGGCUGCUCUGCUGGCGGUCUCGCAUCCUUGCAGCACUGUGAUAGGCUGGCGGAGAUUCUGCAGCAAUCCUCCAGCCAAUCAGGAACGAGCGAGAGAGCAGGGGCCGAGGAAGGAAGGGCGGGUGGAGGAGCGGAGGAGAGGGUGAUGGAGGGGAGAGGGCGAGUGGGGGGAGGUCCAGUGGUGAAGUGCAUGGGUGAUGCAGGGUUCUUUUUGGACUCAGAGGAUGUUGGAGGAGUGAGGCGCAUGCGAGAGCGGUUCAAAGCGGUUGUUGAAACUCAGAACGUGUCGCUGCAUGAGCGGUGCACGGCAGCGGCGGCACCACAGGACCACUCUCUGGUCCGCUCCUCUUUGAGGCGCCUCAAAAUCCCCCUCCAACGGCAAUCGUCUCUCUUCCUCCCCUCUCUCCCCUCCCUUCUUGCGCCGUCAGAACGUGUCUUUGCAUGA